AUGUGUAUGAUUUCAAGAAAGUUAAGUCAAAGUAAUAUAAAUGAAAAUAAAUGUAGAUUUUCUACAUUAAAAAAAGGUUUUAAUCUAUCAGUUAAAGUUAAUAAUAAUUUAAAAAAAGAUUAUUUUCCAAAUUUGAAAAUUAUUGUUAAUAAAAAAUCAAAUUGCUUUCAAGAUAAUAAUGACAUGUCUUUUACUAAUAUUUUUACCAACUCCAAAACUGAUAGUAUUUUAAUAAAUUCAAAAAUAAAGGAUACAUCACAUAAAAAUAUAAUUAAGAAUAAUAUAUUGCUAAAAUCUUCUCGUAUAUUUGGUAUCUAUAAAUCAAAGAAAAUUUUUUAUUUAAGAAAUAAGUUUAUUGCUUCAAUUCCAAGGAAAUUUUAUAUAUUUAUACUUAGAAUACUUAAAGGUAAUAUUUCUAAUAGUAUGAAGAAAAAAAAAUCUAGAAAAUAUAAACAAGAAAAUUAUAAAGAAAUUGUAACUAUGGAAAAAAAAAAUUUAAAUACCAAACAUGAUAUUAAAAAUAGUCAUGUUAAUGACGUGUCAUUUUUUGAAGAAGAUAAUCUUACAAAUAGCAGUACAGAAUCUUAUGCUGAUGUUGAUUUUAUUGAAUCUACCUCAACUAAAAAUAAUAAGAAUAAUAAUUUUGAGGAUAAUAGUAUUACUAAUAAUGAAAAUUCAUUAGAUGAUAAAUGGAUAAACUCAAACUAUAUGUUAAAUCUUACAUCAUUAAGCUACUGGAUUUCUACAAAAUAUAAUGAAGCAAACAAAAGUCAACCCUAUAUAUUGAAUCUUCAAGGACAUAUAGAAAGAGAUAGAAAUGAUAUUAAGGAAAUGUUAGAGGCAUCUUCUGAUGAAAGUACUACUGAUUUAUCAACAAUUUCUUCUAUUGAUAGUUGUCGACUUUUAAAUCAAAAAUCUACUAAAAUAUUCAAGGUUGAACAUAAUAAAUUGAAUAAACCACAGCAUUUAAAAAAUACUCGAAUAGAUAAUUGUAUGGAAAAAGUAUCAAACCAAAAGAAUAUUGAUAUUGAUUUUUUUGAUAAAAUAAAUAAUAAAUGGAAUUUUAAUGAUGAGAGUACACUUCUUGCUUCUGCAUGUUAUAAAUUUAAAAAUUUAGAACUUCCAACAUCACGAUUAGAGUAUAUAAAAACUAUAUCAGAAAUUUUAGCAAGAAGAACAGAAAAUAAUAAAAUAAAAAUAAAUGAAUAUGCUUUUAAGAUAUUGGUAAAACAGUUAAAUAAUCUAAUUUUAACUGAUUAUAGAAUUAAAAAUAAGUUAUUAAAAAAAGAUUUUGGAAAGCGUUUAAAAAAUAUGUGGUCUGCAAAAUGUUUCAAAAAAAUUUUUUUUAGUAAUUAUGAAACGUUACUUGUUCUACCAUCUAAAUAUAUUAGAAAUAUACUAAAAUCUAUGACAAAAUCAGAAAGAAAAGCUUUGAAAUACUAUAAAAAUGUUAUGAAAAAGAAAUUUAAAAAUGUUAAUAGAUAUUUAAAAUUAUCUAUAAAUCUUUAUAAUACUUAUAUUACAAUUCAUAAAGAAAAACCAAUUGAAGAAAUGAUUUGUGAUGGUUUUUAUAAAUGUCUUGGUAUUAAACGCCAACAUAAUAUAGCUGGUUUUUAUGAAUUAAGAAAAGAUCAAUUUUCUAAAAUAAUUGUUUCAAUUGUUUCUCAUCAAUUUUUAAGUUUUCUGCCACUACGACGUUGUGAUUUUCAAAAAUUUAUCAAAAGUAAAAAAAUUGACAAUAUGAUAAUAAAAAUUAAUGAUGAUCUUACAAAAUUUUUUUCAAAAUUUAUUAAUUGUGAUUCUAUACCAGAAAUUAUUGCUACAUUUAAUAUUCGCUUAAUUUCUUGUUUAAAUAAUUUUUUAUUAUCAAAUCAAAUAUUAAAUGAAGAUACCAUAAUACGAGAAAUUUUAAGACGUUCCAAUAUUAUUUUAAAAGUUAAUAGAUUACCUUUUACACCAAAAAAAAAUUUUUCACCAUCAAGUAUUAAAAAAAGAAAGGCAUUACUUUUAAAGAAAGGAUAUUAUGCUUACAAAAAAUAUAAAGAAUUAAAACAAACAUUAAAAAGACCAGUUCAAAUAUUUUGUAAUGUAUUACCAGAUAAUGAAGAAUAUGGAAAAGAUAGUUGGUUAGAUAGUGAAAAACAUGGAAAAAAUAUAAGUAAUAUUAAUAGUCAAAAAAGUUUUGAAUUAAAAGAUCAAAAAAUUUUUGAAAAAAUUGAUAGUUCAUUUUCAACAUUAUCUUACAGUUCAAGGAGUACAAUGAUCUCAUCUGAUACCAAUUCACAAGGAAUUCGUUACUUAAAUGAUGGUGAAUUUAUUAUUAAUCCUGAAAGAUCUAUCUACUCUGUAUGUUAUAAACGUGAUGAAUGUAAAAAAAAUUGUAAUAGUAAUCAUUAUGAUAAAUUAGAAGGCCAAUUAUAUUCUGUAGCAAUUGAUGAAUGUGAUAAAUCUGUUAUUGAAAGAAAUAGUUAUACAUUAUUUAGGCCAGUUUAUAUUAAUGGUGUUGAAGCUGGAUAUUCAAUGCAAUCAAAAAAAGGUGAUGUUCUUUGUGUUAGAGGAAUAACAAUAACAUUAAAUUAUUUUAUAUCACGUGGUCAUCAAGUACAAGCUUUUCUUCCAUCAAUUUAUAAACAUCACCCAGAUAGAUGUGAUAAUUAUGAUGAAUUAUUAAGUUUAUAUGAAAUGAAUUUAAUAGAAUUUACCCAAGAAUAUGGGGCUGAUAAGUAUGUUGAAGUUAAUUGUCAAAUAUUACAACGUGCUAUUGAAUUUGGUGGAUGUAUUGUUGCUAGAUCACAAAUGCAUGUUAUCGUUGAUGAAAGAUCAAUUUUUUCAAAAGUUGUUGAAGAAAGGCUAUUAAUGCCAACAUUUUGUGAUGAAGAUAUAUUUUUUCCUCUUGAUGGACCACUUGGAAGAUUAGGUAAUAGUUUUAAUGAUACACUUUUAUGUCGAAAAUAUGAAGAAGAUUGGGAUCGUGUUCGUUUACAGCAACUACCAUUUCGUGAUCAAAAAAUUUGGUUAUUUGCUUUAGCAUAUCUACUAGAAAGCGAUAAAUGGUUUCGCCAAGCUGAAUUUUUAGAAGGUUAUUAUGCUAAACCUCUUACAUUACCACCUGCUAAUGUUAGUAGUUAUCUUUUAAAUAGCGCAAAGUAUUAUCAACCUCAUCCACCAGAAACAUGUACAAAAUCUAAUAGAGGAUAUCGUUUAGUAAAAUUACAAAAAAAAUCUUCAAAUGACUAUCGUCUUGUUCGAAAUCGAAUUGUAGCAACAGAUAUUUGUUUAGAAGAACAUCAUAAACUUAUACAAAACGAAGUUAUUGAAUUUAUGAAUGAUCCCUUUAUUAAGAAAUUAUUUAAACAGAAGAUACUUGACAAGAUACCUUUACAUAUUUUUUCUGAACUAAAAGGAUUUCGCCUAUUUAAAAAAACAAAAGAAAAAAAGUUACCUUCACAGGAAGAACAACGUUUAAGAUCAUCUUAUGUAUUUCAUGAUGGUGAAAAAAAAUCAAAAACUGGUGAUAGUAUUAUGGGCUCAAUAGAUAUGGUAGAAUACAAUUGGAAUUAUUUACAUGAGUAUAAACAUCUUUUGAACUUAAAUAAUUAA